AUGGCGAAACCUCCUCCAUCCGCGGCGGCGUCGGCCGCCGGCGGCCGCGGCCCUGCCCACCACCGGACCCGCCUCCUCCUCCUGCUCCUCGUAGCCGUGGCUGCCUCCGCCUUCACCGCUGGUUAUGUCCUCCGCGGCGGCCCUGUCGGCCCAUGCGAUACCCGAGGGGAUCCUGUAGACGUCGUUGCCGCCCGAGCUGGCGGUGCUGCCUCGAGCCCCCUCGGGUUCAUGAAGUCCAAGCUCGUGCUGCUUGUCUCCCACGAACUCUCCCUCUCCGGUGGACCGUUAUUACUGAUGGAGUUGGCGUUUCUUCUUCGGCAGGUUGGUUGCCAAGUGGUAUGGAUAACAAACCAGCGACCCGAAGGAACAAACGAUGUUUCAUAUAGCUUGGAGCAUAAGAUGUUGAACCAUGGAGUGCAGGUUUUACCUGCUAGGGGACAGGAGGCAGUUGAGACUGCUCUUAAGGCUGACCUGGUUAUCUUGAACACCGCUGUUGCUGGCAAGUGGCUUGAUGCUGUUCUAAAAGAUAAUGUUCCUCAAGUCCUUCCGAAGAUUUUGUGGUGGAUCCAUGAAAUGCGAGGACAUUACUUUAAGCUUGAGUAUGUGAAACAUCUUCCUUUGGUUGCUGGAGCCAUGAUCGAUUCUCACAUAACAGUUGAAUAUUGGAAGACCAGGACUCAUGACCGUCUAAAUAUACAGAUGCCACAAACUUUUGCUGUUCACCUCGGGAAUAGUAAAGAGUUAACAGAAGUUGCCGAAGAUAAUGUCGCAAGAAGAGUCUUACGUGAACAUAUACGCGAGUCCCUUGGAGUUAAGAGUGAAGAUCUCCUAUUUGCUAUGAUAAACAGUGUUUCACGGGGAAAAGGACAAGACUUAUUUCUUCAAGCAUUUCAUCAGAGCCUGCAACUCAUCCAACAUCAGAAGUUAAAAGCGCCUAAAGUGCAUGCUGUAGUUGUCGGAAGUGAUAUGAGUGCUCAGACGAAGUAUGAGACACAGUUACGUGAUUUUGUGGCGAAGAAUGGGAUCCAUGACAGUGUUCACUUUAUAAACAAGACGUUGGCAGUGGCACCUUAUUUGGCUGCAAUUGAUGUGCUUGUCCAGAACUCUCAGGCCCGUGGAGAAUGUUUUGGAAGGAUAACGAUAGAAGCAAUGGCGUUCAAGUUGCCAGUGCUGGGCACGGCUGCCGGAGGGACCACCGAAAUCGUCUUGGAUGGUUCAACUGGCCUUCUGCACCCUGCUGGAAAGGAGGGCGUCACGCCUCUCGCCAAGAACAUGGUAAGGCUUGCGAGCCAUGUUGAGCAGAGGGUCUCCAUGGGAAACAAGGGCUAUGCCAGGGUGAAGGAGAGGUUCAUGGAGCACCACAUGGCCGAACGCAUUGCUGUGGUGCUGAAGGAAGUUCUACACAAGUCUCAGCAGCAUCCUCAUUCCUGA